UCUUAGCUCUCUCUAAUCCAUAGUAAACCCCUUAUAUACAGCAGCAAACAAGGAGAAGACCUUCGCUUCUCCCAGCCUAGCUAGAGUGGGAAAAGUCAGAUGCAGACCAUCCUGCUGGCUGCUGAUGACAAUAUCAUAGAUGCAUAAGAAGCUGUUUUGGAUCCAAUGAUGAAUCAUCAAUCGAAUCAAAUCACGCAGCCCUUCCAGUCGACUCUACAGGUAGCUAGCUAGCUAGUGGACCAGUACGUACUGUUCAACUAACAAUCGAGCCUUCCACUCGACGGUAGUAUGUUGCAAGGUCUCAUGAAAGUUCCAGUGUUUUCACGAAUCUUUCAAAUUCGUUUGGCCUCAGCUCCAAGACAAAUUGCGUCGCGUGCGAAAGAUAUUAAAUUAUUAACAUUAAGAAUUUGAAGCUACCCAAGACCAACCAAACGUGAGGACUUUCCAAUGGUGAAGAGCCGAACAAUGAGAAUAAUGUAUCCAUGAUACUGGAAUUGGGAUAACCAAGAGGAUUUUCGAAUGGAGGUUCAGGAAUCUCCGCUCGAAUCUUGCCCUCAUUUUUCCUCCCGGAAGCAAACUUCAUUGGCUUUAUGGCGCACCCAUCUGUCAGUAUCUUCCGUUCAGCUUGCUCUUGCGAAUAGCAACAAAAGAGCGGAUCAGCCGAUCCAUAUGCUUUUCUUAGGACGUGUAAGGAUCCCCUGACGCUCUCGUCGAGGUAUCUUCCGUUCAGUAUACUUUCCCCGGGAAAGAGAUGGAUUCCUUGACAUCACGAGAUCCUUGCAGCGAUCCUUCUCUUCGUUUCUCGCAUGUGGAUCCAAAGUAUGUUUCUGAAUCUUUCUCACAAAUUACUUUCAAGGACUUUGAAACUGCCAAUUUUGAUUUGAGUUGCCCAAGACCACAGAUCGAAAACAACCAAAAUGAAGAUUCAACUUGCUCUUCCUGUCUUGAGCCUUCUUGCUGCCCCUGUCGUCGUCGAAGGAUCCUUUUGGCAGGGACUUCGACGCCGCGUGCAAUUCGACGACCCUCCACAAGAGGUGUCCGAGGACGGACCUCCGCCCCGAACUUGCAACCCGAGCGGCAUGUCCAACUAUGCAUUCUUGGGAAAGGACAACUCUGAGCGUCUUUUGCUUCGCGAAGGUGUUAUCGACUCGAUCCCUUCCACACUCUGCGGGCGCAACAACUCGAAGAAUGUGAUCCUCGUUGUUGGAGAUGGUAUGGGCUGGGAGAUGAACCGUGCUGGAGCCAUCGCCAAGAGAGUCGUCCAAGAGCUCGAAUCGCUUGGCUGCGACACAAAAGUCGGAUGCCCUGACAACACAGCUGCCAUGGAGGCAUUUGCUGGUCGUACUCUGCAGGAUUACUACACCGAAGGAAAGGGAAGUGGUCUCUCCUAUCAGGAACUCGAAGGGUUUGCUCUGGUCACCACGACAACAACCGUCAUUCAGGCCCCAACUGAUGGUGCCCACUACGCCCCAACCCAUUCUCUCAUCAAUGGAUCCACUGCAGACCAUGACAAUGGAUUGGGUCCUCUUGCCCUAAACAAAUGUGGUUUUGCCAUCGACUUCGAUCCCGCAGAUUAUGUCAUUGAUGGCGGAAACAUGGUUCUCUGGAAUGAUGUCUUGGGUGGGAAAAACCCUUGGGAGGAAAGGUACUUUCAGGAGAACCCAGACACCAGUGAUGGCUUUGAUCCGACCUACAUCAUGCAACAUGCUACAGACAGUGCCUCCACCGCUGGAACUUAUGCCACGGGACACAAGGCUGCGGUUGGAAUGAUGAGUGUUGAUCUCUAUGAGCAGGAUGUGAACACUAUCCUUGAGGAUGCCAUGGCCUGUCAGAAAGCCGGCGGCGUUGUCACCAGUGUUCCUGUUUUGCAUGCUACCCCUGGAGCUUUUGUCACCCACUCCAACAACCGCAAGAACCGUGACCAACUGAGGCGAACCUUCCAAAAGGUUGCCCCAACACUCGCCUCUGGUGUCUGUGGCGGUGACUAUUAUCCGUAUCCUGAAGAUCUUCAAAGCAUGAGAAAUGGAUCUUUGAGCAGUUCCUGGACCUUCUUUGAGCAGCAAGAAGGUGUCUUGGCCGAGGACUUCUACAAUGGCCUAAGGGACUUGGAUCCAGACAAUGGUGACCAUGUUAUGGUUUGCGUUGGAGGCGACUUCAGUGCCAGUGGAGAAGAUAACAUGCCCUACCGUGGACUUGACAGUACCUACUCGAAUCGCUGGUGCAGUGCUGGAAUCGUGGAGACUGACGAUACAGAUCCGAAUAACACAAUCCCGAUUGGCGUCACCCCCAAUUCCACCAUCUGCAAUCACUACGAACCUGAAGAAGUUGCCCAAAUCCCUACCAUCACCGAGCAUGUUCAGGCUGCUUUGGAUUUCUUGAGCAAAGAUGAUGAUGGAUUCUUCUUGAUGUACGAGCAGGGUGAUGUCGACUGGGCUGCCCAUGCCAAUCACAUGGACGACAUGCUUGGAACUAUGCUUGACAUUGAUGAAGCUGUCCAAGCCAUCAUGAACUUUAUCCAGGCCAAUGGCGGCUGGGAGAAAAACGCUCUCUACGUAACAGCUGAUCAUGACCACUACCUGACUCUUCUGCCAGAAUUCCCCGAGAGAGUUGCUCAGAACCUCAUCAUGGGAACUUCCCACGACAUGACACCAGAAAACAACUCCAACAAGAACCCCUGGACUGAGGCCAUCAAUGCAGGACGCCAUAGUGAUGAUUCCAAGACCCAAGGAGAACACAUUGGCGAUUUCACUACUUGGACACCAGACGACGUCGAAAAUGUCGGACACUUCUGGGGUCUCCGCGAAUCUGGCGGCAACGGAUGGGGCUCGCAUUCUACUCGCCCAGUUCCACUGUUCUACCAAGGCGAUGAUGGUUGCGUUGAAGCUCUGAUGGGUGCUGGUUAUCAAGUUGUUGGAAGGGAGGUUCCUGGUGUGGAGGAUAAGAUCGACCAGGUGCAUGUUCACGCUUGCAUGUUGAAGAACCUUUUUGGGUUGUAAGAUGGCGAACGCGUUCAAAUGCUUCGUUUCCCGCUGAAAUGUAUGUGUACACGAGAGAUCCCGGUGGUGUCAUUGUUGAUUGUUGGGUACACCUGAGAUUGUACUUGUUUGUUUUGUUGUCACAUUCGGUUGUGCUAAAUCUUGAUCCCAGUAAAUAGUUGACAUCCAGUCGAACCGCGUUCACUGUAGCACAAUCAUGAAACUUGCAGAAUGUUU